AAGAACGAAUUAUAAUUUAGAGUGAAGGUUUAUCAAAUUCUAAUUCAAUUUUUAUGGGGUCGGUUAGGUUCUGUAUAGAUUUCGAGACUGCCGUACAUCUCAAAUGACGGCCAUUAGUCUCUAUCAAUGCGGCAGUGGAAUUUAUUAAUCUCUAUUAUAAACAUUAUCUGUUUGGUGAAUUGUACGUGUCCGAGAAUGACAUAAAGAUUGGUCAACGGCCAACCGAAAAUCUAGUAUAAAAAGGAUUGUAAAAUAUCGGAACGGCAUACACUUUUCGUGGUAAAGUGCAACAACAACAACAUGAAGUAUUUGGUUGUUUUGUCGUUGGCGGUAGCUUACUGCGCAUGUGUGCCAGUAACUUUAUCGAAACACGUUCUAGUAGACGUCCAAUCCGACAGACCGCAAUUCUAUCAGACACCUAGCUACUGGAACCGACAACAAUACGAACCCGAUUACCAAAAUAAUUGGUACGAAAGGUAUUUCCAAAAAUAUAUGCCUUGGCAACAACACCGAGAAGAUUUCUGGAAUCAAAACAGUAUCUCGAACGAAUGGACGAACCUGAAAAGAUACACCGAAUUUUCCGACGAAGAACUUUUACGUAAAAUGUUUGUUAAAUAUUUCCCGGAAUAUUAUCCUUACGGCGAAACAUUAAACUACGAAAAAGUUUUACCCUAUUUCCAACAAUAUUUUCAACGUUACCAGCAAAAGCAAUCGGAUAUGAGGACGACGUGGUCUUUCGAACAAGUUAUGUAUCACAUUUUCCAAGAUUUGUACGAGAAUUACGAACGAGUCCCGUACAAUCGCGAACAAAUCAUGAACCAUAUCAUGAAAUACGGGAAUUAUUUCCCUAACCGCCCCCUAUCUCAAGAAGAUUUGGUACAAUGGACCGAAUUCGUCUACCGUUUACAAUUCCACGUGUUGCCUUAUUUGAAACAAGUCGAAUCCGGAUCUGCGAUGAACAAUUACGAACAACGAUUCGAUCAAACCAACCCGUGGACGCGUUUCUUCAACUACCUCGACCAAGGCAAAAUGGGAAGAGAAGUACCGUACGAAACGAGCUACCAUCAAAGAUGGGAACAGCCUUUAGAAUGGACCGAAAAGAAAGGACAAGAAUGGAGAUUUCCUUGGAACAAAUACGAAAAGCAACAAUUCGAUUUAACCGAUCAAUGGUACGAUCAAAAACAGGUGCCACAAGUAUGGCGUUGGGACCAAGAGGAAUACUACCCUCAAACGUGGUGGUAUGGCAAACAACAAGAACCCCAAGUUUGGUCGUGGAAACAACGUUCGACUCCUUUCUAUGGACAACAAUGAAAUAUUCCUCGCUAUGAUGUAAUUCACGUUGCCAGAUAUAUGUUAUUGUUAUGUUUUUACGAAUAAAUAGCAUUUUGUUAUAAA